AUGUCAGAGAAUCUAACCACAUCAUCGCCAUUUGAAGUUGAAGAAGGAGUUUCAACCCAAGAGAACUUCCCAAAAGAAUCUGCAGGAGAAGUUAAGCAAGAGACAUGUGGACUAACCUUUGGAGGCGACAAUGGCACCGCUGCCACAUCCGGCAGACAAUCAUUUGCAACAAGCGAUGGAGGGUACAGUGCAGGUCCUCCGUCUAGCAGGACAACAUGUGCAACAAUAAGCUACGAAGGUUACUACAGCAGCGGUGGAACGUCUAGCUGCAGACCGACGUGUCAUCCGUUACCACCUGGCCUCGGAACACCAAUUAUCGCAAUUGUUCAUAGUCCUGAAUUUACGUUUGGUGGAUGGGGUAAUUCUACUGAAAAUGUUGAUGUAGAGAUUGGCCAUGAUCAGCAACCUGAUGAUCUGGAGGCUACAUAUACUGCAGAAGAAGCCGAAAGAAAACAAAGGGAAGAUGCAGCUUCCCCAGUAAUAACCCACUCAGACUCCAUUUCAACGGUGAUAAAUAGUGACCUAGUACCCCAUGUUCCUCUACAUCUUGCUGCUCUCAAAGGUGACUGGAAUACUGCUAAAACCAUCUUGCAAUCAAAGCCUGGAGCUGUGAGGGCUAGGAUCACAAAGGGUUCCGAAACAGCUCUUCACAUCGCGGCCGGAGCUAAACAUACGUACUUUGUUGAGGAGCUAGUUAAAUGGAUGACUGCAGAGGAGCUUGAACUGAAGAAUGACGUGGAAAACACUGCCCUAUUUUUUGCUGCUGUUUCUGGUAUCAAAAGGAUCGCUGAGGUAAUGGUGGAGGUUAAUCCGAGAUUACCUCGGAUCCGAGGCAGUAACAAUUCAACAGCUCUGCAUAUGGCUACUUUGCUAGGGCACAGGGAGAUGGUACGGUAUCUUUACAGCAAGACUAAAAGAAUUUUGACCUACCAGGACCGUGUGGGGCUUCUUAUUGCUGCCAUAACAGCAGAUCUUUAUGAUGUAGCUCUGGAUAUUGUUAAACAACACCCUGAAAUGGCUCUUGCUCGAGAUGAAAACGAAGAGACUGCACUCCAUGUAAUGGCGCGAAAACCUUCAGCAUAUCAUAAUGGAAGUCAGCUUGGAUUUUGGAAACGAUGCAUAUUCUCUUUCCCCAGGAAUUUCAAGCGUUCCUGCGAAGAAAAGGUAAAGCAUGCACUAGCCACUGAACUUGUGAAGCAGCUGUGGAAUAAAAUUCUGACAUUAGAAAAUGAUUCCAAGAUUGGUGAUUUGAUUAGAAAACCGUCUCGCUUACUGUUUACUGCAGCAGAGUUGGGUAACCUUGACUUUUUGAUCAUACUUAUGAGAUCAUACCCCAAUCUCAUUUGGAAAGUUGAUGAACAAAAUCGAAGCAUAUUUCACAUUGCAGUGGUUCACAGGCAGGAGAAGGUUUUCAAUCUUAUUUAUGAAUUAGGUGGAUUGAAAGAUUUGAUAGCAUCUUAUAAAGAUGAUAACAAUAACAAUAUGCUUCAUUUGGCUGCAAAACUUGCACCUGCCAAUAGACUUAAUACUGAUACUGGGGCAGCAUUUCAACUGAGAAGAGAGUUGUUGUGGUUUAAGGAAGUUGAGAAGAUCGUCCAACCGUUAUACAAAGAGAUGAGGAACUCUGAUGGCAAAACACCUCAAAUUCUAUUCACUGAGGAGCACAGGGAAUUACUAAAAGAAGGAGAAAAGUGGAUGAAGGGUACUGCAUCAUCAUGCAUGGUUGUGGCAACCCUCAUCGCCACCGUAAUGUUUGCUGUUUUCUCCACUGUCCCGGGUGGCAACAACAAUGACACAGGCAUGCCCAUGUUCAUAAAAGAAACGGCCUUCAAAAUCUUUGCCAUAUCAGAUGCAGUAUCACUUGUCUCUUCUGCCACUUCGAUCUUGAGUUUUCUCUCGAUCCUAACCUCACGCUACACCGAAGGUGACUUCCUCCAUUCUUUACCAAACAGGUUGAUCGUAGGGCUUGCAACCCUAUUCAUCUCUAUAGGUACCAUGAUGCUCACGUACGUUGCAACGUUAUUUAUUGUCCUCGGCUCUGGAAACGAAAGGAUAAAAGUUCCGAUAACUUUGGUUGCUGUCAUUCCAGUUAGUUUCUAUGCUUUGCUGCAAUUUCCUCUUCUUUCGGAUAUGAUCAGUCAUGCUUAUAUUUCAAGAGUAUCUUUUCGUUCUAGCAACCAUCUCUUGCAAAAGCUAGCUGCUACAAAGAAAUGGCGGCACUCUAAGAUUUAA